CGCCACCUACAGCAAGAAGGACCCCAAUGAGAGGGACUCCUGGCGGGCGGUGGCCAGGGACGUGUGGGACACUGUGGGCGCGGGGGAUGAGCGCAUCGAGGACACGCUGACCGGGGGCGGGGGGGGGUGGCAUGCGUGGCGUGGCCGACGUGGACGACCUGAAGGUGCACAUCGACAAGCUGGAGGACAUCCUCCAGGAGGUGAAGAAGCAGAACAACAUGAAGGAUGAGGAGAUCCGGGCGCUCCGCAACAAGAUGGUGAAAAUGGAGAAGGUGCUACCGCUCCUCAACACCGCCCCCGAAGCCAAGGAGGCGCCGGCUAGCAGCAAGGCUCCCGCAGAGCAGUGGGGAGACGCCGUGGACCAGGAGGAGCAGGUGUCCAAGCUCAUGGGCGACGACGACUCCUUUAGGCGCGGCCGCGUGCGCUGGAUGCGGCAGGAACAGACCCGGCUGAAAAACCUGCAGCAGCAGGAGAUCUCGCGGCAGCUGCGCCGGCAGUCGGGACCGCACCGCUUCAUCCCGCCCGAGGACCGCAAGCUCCGCUUCCCCUUCCGCAGCAAUCCCAAGCAUCGCAGUUCGUGGAGCCCCGGCACACACAUCAUCAUCACCGACAACCAGGUCAUCGAACUCAAGGUGCCCAAGGAGGCUGUGCAGGAGGAGGAGGAGGAGGAGAGGCCAGAGGGGGCCGUGUUCAGGGCCCCCCCCCUCCCUAGCCCCCCUUUGCUGCGGAAGGGCAGGGAGUCGGAACACAGGGGACAGGGGCCCCGCAAUGCCUUCAGGGGCCAACCGGGGCGAGCCCGGAGCAGUUCGUUCAACAGCAGCCAGAAAUCCGCCAGCCCAGCGAGGCGUUCGCAGACCGGCGACGCGCCCCAGCCCAGCCUCCACAUCUUAGCCCCGCAUCAGUCUUGCCAGGCCGAUUCCAUCAGUGCCGGUCCCCUGCAGACACCCACCGAGCAGCCUAGUCAGCAGCACCAGAACCACCUCCUACCGCCUCCGCGCAUGAGGCGCCAGCUCUCAGCACCCAACCUGAAGGCUGGCCGGGAAACCCCCGUCUGAGGCGCCGCUAAAGUGCCGUGGGAGUUCCCUGGCAUCGUCGGUGGCCAGAUCAGAGACCUGCCCCUGCGUCUGUCUGCAUCCUUGUAGUUUUGUUUUUCUUUUGCACUCAAACGGUGUGUUUUGUAUCAUGAUGACACUCAUUCAGUUGUGACCAUCCCCCCCGUCACACGGCGCCGGCUGCCUCGGGCACUGACCUUAGGGAAUGUCACUCCUACAAGAAACUGCUGCCUGAUGAGGAUGUGCUUCAUUCUCCCAUUCUCUCUGUCGGAUAGCUUACGUAUCUUUUCACUCAUACAGUCAUAGACACUUUGCUGCACCAAUAGCUCAACCACUGGCUUUACUGGUGAGAAUUGCCUGCAUCUUUCGCUUUCUGUGACAAGUUUACAUAGACGGUCCAUUUAUUGGAUGCAGGAUUGAGGCAGCAAGCCCCAGUGUCAGUCUCAAUGCCUCUGACUUACAGCAUAGUCAUUGGCUCCCAGCAUAACUGCCUGUUUACUUCUGUAAGAAAACAUUAAGGCACUGAGCCCCUUGUAGGACAAUUAUAAGGUGGGAGGAGUUACGUUCCCAGAUGGUUUGCGUAGUUUAGAGAAGAACAUUUAUUUACUGUUUAGUUGUGUAUUUGGCAGUGAGUGUCAUCUGAUUCUGGAAGGUCGGUGCGUGGGAUCCCCCCCCCCCCGGCCAGCUGGCACUGUUCUGUGUUUCUGUUUAUUCUGGGUGAGCUUAAGUGAAUUUUCACACGUUUUAAUAGAAACCACUUUGUUUUGAAGAUUGAUCCACAAUGUGCACAUGUUGGCCUUUUUUAAUACCCUGAGCUAAAGCUUGGGAACAGAAGUACGACAGCAGCUGGUGUACAGUGACCAUCUCUGUGCCCUUUUAUUAACUUGGCAGGAGAGAUGGCAGGAAUGUCUGGUAAGGGGUGUUUCAUUGGUGUACCAUGGCUUCGUCUCGUUAACACAUUCAUAUUCUUCUUCUCCUCACCCCAACUACCACUAAAACUCCUCAUGGGAGAUUCUCAGCUUAAUGCUGGCCUUAUGUGGUAAAGGACAGGACAAUCCUACCCACAAUCCCCAUUUUGUCAGCUGCUGUUAUAUGACCCAAUCAGGGCUAAGCAUUUUAUACUGGCAUACUUGACAGCUGGCCUUACUGUUUUGUGAAUGGAAUGGAAGUCCCAAAAAUAUCAAUUUAUUGAUCUUGACACCACAAGUUCUGUGAUUAACUUGUGAUUAGCUUCGUUUUGUUUUAUUUUCUUGUCUCGUGUAGUUUUGAGUGUUCCGGUAGCCCAUGGCAACAUCCUUGUUGUCCUGGAACACCGCAUUCUCUCAAUCUUCGCAUUAUCACCCUCCCUCUCCACAGUGCGGGAUCUGGGUGUUCUUCACUAAGCUCACCAAAUGCCUUUGCAGGAAAGAAAGUGUAAUGCUGGGCUUCAACACCCUAGUCGUAAAAAUGCAGCGGCAAAAAUGGGUGGGGGGGGGGG